AUGAGUAAUUUAUACAGAAUGAUGGUUCUUCUGGAAGAACCAAUGGAAGAAGACAUUACCAUUUCUGAUUCGAAAGAAGAGAAGAAAGUAAUGCAUGAAUUUAUGGAUGAGUUGACAUUACCUUUUCAAAUUGAUGAAAUUGAUCUACUGAAUAAAUGGUUUGAUAAGUUUGAUGAUGAAAUAUGUAUACCGAAUGAAGGCCACAUUAAAUAUGAGAUUACAAGUGAUGGUCUUAUUGUGCUGAUUCUGGAUAAAGAGCUAGGGGAAGAAUUUGUAGGUAAGGUAAAAACAUUUGUCGAGCAAAACAAUGUCGAAGAUGAAGAUGAGGAAGAUGCUUGA